UAUGACUCAAAAAAUCCAAAAGUUUGUGGAGGCAAUCAAAAAUCGGAAUUUAUCCAAUUUCCAUCAUGAUUUUCUUUCGAUUCUCGUAAUUCCCUCUUUCUGUUAACCUCCUUCUGCUUUGCGAGUACGAUAUCUUGAGAGACGGCUAAUCUGCGGAACGGUAGUCGCGGAGUCGAUCAUCUGUUUCCUGUACUGAUGUUGUAAUUUACGCGUGCUGCGACACGUUGUAAUUAUCACCGUCGGAUUGUCAAUCAUUCUACGCAUGAUCUUCCUCAUUAUGUGAUAUCGCCUCUUGGAAAAAAGAUGUUGGAUCCAUCGGCGAGCCCCACGACCAGCAAGAAGCAGGCAGCCUGGAAGAGUUUCUGGAAUUUUAAUUUAAAACUGGGCUCACGCGACGCGCGCCAGUCCGUGCUGAGCUACGAUGAUGCUGUCAAGCGCAUCAAUCAGAACGAUCUACACCGGCUGAAGAAGGCCUUCCGCAAGGAUGCCGUGGGGGAUUACCUGCCCAAGGACAUCUUCCUGACGCGCGUCCUGGGCGACGCCGUGCCGCUGCGCCUGGCCGAGUCCAUGUACGCCGCCUUCGGCGGCACGCAGCGCGGCGUCUCCCUGAAGGAGCUGGUGGCGGGGUUGGUGCUGUUGUCGUGCGGCACGCAGGAGGAGAAGCUGCACCUGCUCUUCCAUCUGUGUGCCGGCGGCGCACAGACCAUGCCCAUCAGCGAUCUCAUCGCCAUCAUCAAGACCUCGGAGGACGGCACCAUUCCCGAGCACCUGGUCCACGCCUUCGCCGCCCAUUCCACCAUCACCGCCGAGCAGUUCCGGGUGUGGAUUGCGCAGUACUGGAACAGCAUGUCCCUUACAAAAUGGCUGCUGGAGAACGAUUUCAAGCCGGAACUGGUCUCCGAACCGGGCCACAACGAAAUCCCCACCUUCUACCAGACCCUCGCCGGCGUCACCCACCUGGAAGAGAAAGACAUCUUCGAACUAGAACGCUUCUACGAAUCCACCCGAAACCUGCGCUCCAACCACGGCCGCUACGACGUGUCCCUCUUCGCCAGCCUGGUCAGCCCGCCCCUAUCCAGCGGCAUCGUCGUCAACCUCUUCCAGGCCUUCGACGAGAACGGCGACGGCCAUCUGGACCUCAAGGAGAUCGUCUGCGGCGUGUCGGCCUGCUGCCGGGGUCCGGCGGCCGAGCAGCAGAAGUUCUGCUACAAGGUGUUCGAUAUCCGCCGGAAACGCCAGUUGUCCCUGGAUGAGAUCGUCAAGAUGCUGUCGGUGCUGAUGGGCGUGGAUGAGGAUAGUCCGCGCAAGACGGACGGCGAGCAGCUGAAGUAUGUGGCCGAGGAUAUCCUGGAUCAUUAUGCGGAGAACGGACUGCGGGCGCUGACGUUGGAUGGGUUUUUGGUGUGGGCGUUGAAGACCAAUAUGACGGCGCGGUUUAUGCGGAUACUCUUCCAGGUGUGCCAUAUCGUCCUCGGGUUGCGACCGCAGACGCGGGACGAAGAGUUGGCCUGUGUGAUUGAAUGGCUGCAGCGGGAUGGCCGGCGGCAGAAGAACGUCGGGGAUGUGUACUACGUCGUGCCCAUGGACUGGUGGCGGGCGUGGCGACGCUUCGUCGAGGAUAUGUCGGGCAGUGAUUAUGUUUCCGAUACUGACACACUGCCCGGUCGGAAGAAAUCCAACGGUCUGAAUGACAGGCUGCAGGAACUAGUGACCAAGCUGCCGUCGCGGCAGGGUUCGCGGGCCGGAACGCCGACGCUGUCGCGCUCCUCCAGCACCAUGUCGGUGCAGGCCCGCCAUCCCGGCUCCAUCAACACGCAGUCGCUGCUCGUGGCCGAGAGCAAGUACAAGAGCCUGACGGACGAGGGCGGCGUGCUGAAGAAGCGCUCCGACGGCGGGCCGCUGCGGGAGAACGAGGACUACAUCCUGGUGUGUGAGGCCGUGUGGAAGGUGCUCAGUCUCUGGUACACGGUGAGCGGACCGGAAAUCCCGCGGCAGUGCGUGCAGUACGAGGACGGCGAGGUGGACGUGGACGUGCUGCUGGUGUGCCUGAAAGUGCUGAAGCACAAGAUCGUGGAGAUCAACCGGCCGUACAACUCCUACCCCUACGGCUCGGCCGUGGCCGGCUCGCACUUCGCCUACGUGGCCAACAACGGGGCCAGCCAGCGGACGAUGGUGGAGCGGAUGGUCUUCGCCACCGUCUGCUUCAGCGCCAUGGCCCGCUUUGCGGAGAUGCACGAGUGUCUGUGCCGGAAGCUGCGGCUGCCCGUGGACGACGUGCGGCUGUGGCUGUACCGCGACGAGAACGACAUGCUGCUGGUGGAGGAUGAGAGCGUCACGGUGGGAUUGCUCAACCUGAAGGACGGCGAUCAGAUCCUGCUGGAGACGCGGAAUAAGGAUUUAACCUGGCCGGAGGAGAUGACGUUCCUGCGCGAGGCCCGACGCACGCCGAUCGCGCGGGCGGGCUCCAUCAGCCGGGUGGAGGGGGGCUACGAGGAGGGCUGCUGCGGCCUGAACAAUCUGGGCAACACGUGCUUCAUGAACGCGGCGCUGCAGUGCAUCAGCCACAGCCAGCCGCUGACUUACUACUUCCGCCAGGGAUACCACGCCCGCGAACUGAACCGCCGCAAUCCCAUAGGCUACGGCGGGGUCAUUGCGGAGCGCUACGCGGAGCUGAUCGGGCAGUUGUGGAAUGGGAAGUUGCGGACGGUGGCGCCGCAUAAACUCCGCAUGUCCAUCGGCAAACACAAGCCCUCCUUCAACGGAUACCAGCAGCAUGAUUCGCAGGAGUUGCUGGCGUUCCUGUUGGACGGGCUGCACGAAGACCUGAACCGUGUGCAGGAGAAGCCGUACGUGGAGCUGAACGACUCGGAGGGCCGGCAGGACGAGGUGGUGGCGGCCGAGGCCUGGGAGAAUCAUCUGCGCCGAAACCAGAGCAUCAUCAUCGACUUGUUCCACGGCCUGCUCAAAUCGCGCGUCAAGUGCCUGACCUGCACCAAGGCCAGCGUCCGCUUCGACCCCUUCAGCGUGCUGUCGCUGCCGUUGCCGCUGGAUAAUCUGGUCUUCUGGGAGGUCUACAUGGCCAGAUGCAACGGCCAGGGCCCGAUCAAAUACGGCCUGCGCAUCGACCCCGAAUCCACCUUCGGCCAGCUACGCACGGCCUUCGCCGGCGUCAGCGGUCUGCACGUGGCCGACAUCAUCCCGGUGGAGAUCCACCAGGGCCUGGUGCGGCGCUACUUCAACGACACCGACAAGGUGCAGGGCUUCCUGCCGCGCCCCGACACCCGCCUCCUCAUGUACCAGCUGCCGCCGCACGCGGGCGGGGAGCCGGCCGAGGGCGGGGGCGGGGCGCAGCGCUGGGUGGUGGCGGUGCACCGGCGCAUGAUCCACAACGACAGCUACUACCUGGCCUGGGCCAAAGCCGUCCCCCGGACCUUCGGGCUGCCGGUGUUCGUCAUGUGCAGCGGGCGGACGACGCAGAGGGAGCUGUACGAGAACGUGUGGAUGCAGAUUAAACGUUUCAUCGGGCCGGAUACCGCGCAGACCGAGGACAGCAAUCAUGCUCAAGAAUGUGAUGCUCAGUGUCAGGAUUACUCCUUCGUCCUGAAGGUGGUGCGCGAGGACGGCUGCUGGUGCGGUGUGUGUCCGUGGUACCGGUUCUGUCGCGGCUGUCCGCUGGCCGUCAGCGACGAUCUCUUCCACUUCGUCAGCGGCACCCUGGUCAUCGACUGGGAGCCGCGCUUCUACCAUCUGCGCUACCAGGAAUGCCUCGAAUAUAUUGUGGAGGAGGACGACAGCGUGAAGCGGGCCCGUGCCGAGCAGGCGGAGCCGAUCAGUCUGGACAGCUGUCUGAAGGCCUUCACGCACGAGGAGGAGCUGGGCGCGGACGCCCUCUACCACUGCAGCAGCUGCCACAAACGCCAGCUGGCCUCCAAGCGCAUGCAGCUCUGGAAGCUCCCGCCCGUCCUGGCGGUGCAUUUCAAGCGCUUCCAGAAGGUGCGCGAGCACUGGGUGAAGUCGCACAAAGUGGUGACCUUCCCGCUGACGGAGCUGGACCUCUCCAACUACCUGGCGGCCCCCGACGCCCCCAUGACGCCGGUGCAGCCGGACCCCGAGGCGGCCGACACCCCGACGAAGCCGCCGCGGACCCCCGACACCCCGCCGGCCCCGGGGAUGAACGGGGAGGGCGAUGGGGACUCCAGUUUCUCCUCGGGGGUGUCCGGCGGCGCGCUGGAGGCGGAGUUGUUGAUGGCCGGGACGGUGUCGGCGCCCAGCAGUGAUUCCGGGCAGGGCGACACCGGGGAGGAGAGUACGUGGACCAGUGUGUCGGGCGGGAGUCGGGAGGGCCUGCGGGACAUCCACCAGCAUCAUCUGCUCCCGGGGACGGAUGUGCAGGAUUUGAAAUACGAUCUCUAUGCUUUCUGUAGCCAUAGCGGAUUAUUAGCCACCGGGCACUACGUGGCCUACUGUCGGAAUCCCAACGGGAAGUGGUACCUCUUCAACGACAGCAGCUGCAAGGAAGUGCCGGUGGAGCAGCUGGAUACGUCGACGGCGUACAUGCUGUUCUACGAGCGUCGCGGUCUCGACUACGCCGCGUACGUGCCGCGCGAAGCCGAAAAAGACGACAGCCUGUUCAGCAACGGCAGCGCGACGGGCCUGGACCAGCUGGACGGGCCCGACACCCCCGCCCCCCGGGGCGGCGGUCACCUGCCCUCCGCCACCCCCGGGAAACCCGACACCGGCAGUGUCACCUCGCACUCCACCCUGUCCGAGGCGGAGGACAAAAAAUCCUGCAGCAUUCAGUAGAAUUAUUCCACGCACUCCGCGGGCGGUCGCCGCCACCGCAGCUAUUUGUGCCAAAAUGGGAAAAAUCAUUCGGACAUUUAUUUAUGGAUUUUUGUGGACAGACAAUUUAUGGACGCGGCACAGUUUUAUACAGGAUGGUUUGGUGUUUGUAUUGUGUGUUUUUGUGGAGAGUUUUCUGGACCAUAAUUAUAUAAAAGUGCUUUAUAUGUGGCGCAACACGGGGCGUGAACGGGGGAGAUUUUAUGUUGGGUUUGUGAUCGGUGAUUGAUUUUUUUUUGUUUAUUUUCUUCUCUCUUUUUUGAUUUGAUUCGUCGUGCUUCUCAGUUGAUUUGACACAUGUUGGCCGGCCUGUGAUGCGUGAUUCCUGUUUUCAAACACAACACACAAAGCUUGUAUCCAUUUUUGUUAUUAUGAUUAUUAAAAGUAACACA